UGGGGAUAUAGUCCGCCCCGGAGCGACGCAGUUCGCCACAAAUUAUAUCGCCUUAAGUAGCCUUCUCAAACACAAACAGGGGUUACGAGAGCUUUUCGUCUCUCAUGAUUACGUAGAAUGGAAAAAGAGGUUGACGAAAGUAACCUAUAUAAUCGAGAUGCUGGUGCUGGGAAAUUCAUUUUGGGAUAAAGUGCAUGGUGUUGUGGGUAUUCUAGAGCCCAUUUAUGUGGUGUUGAGGAUGGUGGACAAUGAGACAAAUCUAUUGAUGGGGUCGUAUCCGUCCAUACAGCUGAUGAAAGAGGCCAUCAUGGUUAAAGCUCCCAAUGCAUAUAAGUGGGUGGAUGCAAUAAUAGACGACCGUUGGGAAAGGACGCUUUCUCACCCACUACAUCAGGCUGCGUAUUUCCUGAAUCCCAAAUACCAUUACAGCCAGAACCACUUCGAAGAUAAUUCAUUAAAGACGGCUGUACAUGAGGUGUACGAUCACUUAUUCCCCAGCUGUCCGGGGAAAGGCACCUUUGGUAGUGAGGUAAAUAUGUUCCGCAAUUACAUUCUCCUUAUCUUCAUCUCAAUCAUUAAAUACUUAUUCUGGUUGGUAUACGCCAUCAACAGAUUGUUAAAUUCCGCGACGCGGUUGGAAUGUUUGAGUGUCACCCUGCGGUGAAGUCAAGGAACGCCAUGAUGGCAUGUGAGUCACUGUAGUAAACUUAACUUUUAUAUUAUUUUGGAAAAUCUAGGAUAAUUAAAGAAUCUUAUGAUAUGCAGGCGAAUAGUGGUCCAUGUAUGGGACUGACUGCGAGGUUUUACAAUGACUGGUUGUCCGUGUGCUUGCACAAACGGUGUCCUCAUCACCCUGUGAAAGGAAUUGGAGUACAUUCUCCCUCAUACAUACAAAUAAACGUAAUAGAAUAGGGUAUGAGAGGCUUCAGAAGCUAGUGUAUUGUCACAAUAAUAUGAAGUUACGAGAGAGGCUGCUCCGCUCGCAAGGAAGAAGAAAAGCGCAGGAAGACCCACUAGACCUGAUGACAGUCGAACAGCAUGCAUAUGCUGAGAAUGCGGAGGAUGACCCAGUUUACCAGUGGAUUAGGUCGGAUGACUUAGAUACCUCGGAUGGGCGACCAGAGCCACAUAUUGCGGCAGAAGCAGAGACAAGGGAUUAAUGUUGACGCACAUGUGGAGUAGCAGAGGUCUCCUGAUGAGGCAUUCGACCCAUUGACGAGGAGUUCGGAGGGCAGCCCGCGGUAGUCACUAUCACGCGGGACACGUGGCGGGGAAACAUUGUCUAACACCGAAACUGAGUCAGAGAGUGAUGCGGAAAAUAAGUCCAGUGAUGAUGAUGGCGGCGAUAAGGGUGACGAUGACUCUGAUGACAGUAAGGAGGAUGAUGAUGGUGGUGGUGGUGGUGGUG